CGUAGAAUGCCUUGAAGAAACUGUAGCUAACCACCUUAUUAGUAUUCCUCUCUCCACUGUGUUUCACUUGCAGCAAGGGAGGGCUGAGCAAAAUGCAGUAGAACAGGGACAGAGACAGAGCUGGCAAUCAUCUCAAUGCAGGCUGCUGGAUGUAGGGGGCGGAGGGGGGAUGCAGCAAAGCAAGAUUAAUAACCUUGCCAUAAUCCCAUGCACCCUGGCAGGAGGUGCCUCUGGUGACCAAUCCGUCCCUCUCUUGAUUAAUUAGACAGCGUGAGUGAGUGGCUGGCAGUCCACCUGCCUUUUUUGAGAGGGUGGGGGGGCUGCCUGCAUUUGCCGUUCUUUGAAACCUCUACCCAUCUGGGAAGGUAACAGUGAGACGUACCAUCUGCAGCAUACACAGCCGCUAUUGGAGGCUUACCACUGACAGUUUUGCUAUACAGUUUUGGUGAGCAAGGAGCAAGGUGUAUCGUGCAGAGGGGGGAUUUCUAUCAUUGGGACACUGAUUCCUCCCCCCCCCCCCACAUUGUGUUUGAAUUCUGGACUUACUUUUGGCAAAGUCUCUUGGACACCUUUUCUCUCCCUCCCCUCCCCAGGGUUGGAUGAUCAGGAAAUGAUGGACCAUCUGAAAACUAAUUUUUGUGCUCCUGUGUGACUUCGGGUACAGCUGGAGGAAUUUUAAUUGCCCUUGGAGAAGUUUUAUUAACAGGGGGAACUAUCAGAAAGAAAUGAAUUUCUCUCAUACAAAAGAUCAUGAUGGCUUAAAGAUAUGGAGGCCAAAGAAGAUGUCAUUUGACUGGAUAUGCUGAAUAUUGUGUCCAAGUGAAAAGAAAAACAGUGGGGAAGGGUCAGAGGGAAGAACAAAAGCAAAUUGCCCUAUUCAAUCUGUUGAUGAGGCGACAUACAGAGUAAGAGAAAACAAACAAACCAGGAAAUGGACUCCAUUUUGGAAAUUUGGGAUGUUUUCCAAUGAAGACUCCUGCACAGGACCAAUGUCACCUUCAUCACCAGCCGUCAUAUUUUUUAUUGUGCCGACUGUCACUCCAGUGCAAGCAUCCAAAAUGAUUUCUUAAGAUUGAGACUAUGAAGAAAGACUGGCAGUUUGUAACAAGAGGGUUGGCUUCUAUUUUGCUGGCCCCAAGAAAGAAGUCCUUUGUCUGUGUAACUCAAGCAGAUAGACUAACCACUAGAGCACCUGCAUUAUUGGCCAGGAACGGAGAAGGGCAGAAGAUGGACUAGGUAUUCUGACUAUUGGAACUCCUGAAGGACCAACACCAAAUAAAUUAUGAAUGUUGAACAAGAUGACCUUACAUCCACAGCAGAUAAUGAUAGGUCCUAGGUUUAACAGGGCCCUAUUUGACCCCUUGCUUGUGGUGCUACUGGCUCUUCAACUUCUUGUGGUGGCUGGUUUGGUCAGAGCUCAGACUUGCCCGUCUGUCUGUUCCUGCAGCAAUCAGUUUAGCAAAGUAAUUUGUGUGAGGAAGAAUUUGAGAGAGGUCCCUGACGCCAUCUCCACAAACACACGGUUAUUGAAUCUCCAUGAGAACCAGAUCCAAAUCAUUAAGGUGAACAGCUUCAAACACCUGAGACAUCUAGAAGUCUUGCAGCUGAGCAGAAAUCACAUUAGAACAAUUGAAAUAGGGGCCUUCAAUGGUCUGGCUAAUCUCAAUACUUUGGAACUUUUUGACAAUCGUCUUAGCACCAUCCCGAAUGGGGCUUUUGUGUACCUGUCAAAACUGAAGGAGCUUUGGUUGCGAAACAACCCCAUUGAGAGUAUUCCUUCUUAUGCUUUUAAUAGAAUCCCUUCCCUGCGAAGGUUGGACUUGGGGGAAUUGAAAAGGCUUUCAUAUAUCUCAGAAGGUGCCUUUGAAGGUCUGUCCAAUUUGAGGUAUUUGAACCUUGCUAUGUGCAACCUUCGGGAGAUCCCUAACCUCACGCCACUUGUAAAACUGGAUGAGCUAGAUCUUUCUGGGAAUCACUUAACUGCUAUCAAGCCUGGGUCCUUUCAAGGAUUAAUGCACCUGCAGAAAUUGUGGCUGAUCCAAUCCCAGAUUCAAGUGAUUGAAAGGAAUGCCUUUGAUAACCUUCAGUCACUAGUGGAGAUCAACCUGGCCCACAACAAUCUAACACUACUGCCUCACGACCUCUUUACACCUCUCCAUCUAGAAAGGAUCCACCUACAUCACAACCCUUGGAACUGCAACUGUGACAUCCUGUGGCUCAGCUGGUGGAUUAAAGACAAAGCGCCCUCCAACACUGCAUGCUGUGCCCGUUGCAACACGCCUCCUAGCUUGAAAGGGAGGUACAUUGGUGAGCUGGACCUGAAUUACUUCACGUGCUACGCUCCUGUGAUUGUGGAGCCACCAACAGACCUCAACGUCACCGAAGGCAUGGCUGCAGAGCUGAAAUGCAGAGCAUCAACAUCCCUGACCUCUAUAUCUUGGAUUACUCCAAAUGGGUCUGUUAUAACACAUGGGGCUUAUAGGGUUCGGAUUUCUGUGCUCAGUGAUGGCACGUUAAAUUUUACGAGGGUGACUGCGCAAGACACGGGCUUGUAUACAUGCUUGGUGAGUAACUCUGUUGGGAAUACCACAGCUUCUGCAACACUCAAUGUAACUGCACAGGAGUGUAUUACUUAUUUUUCAACCAUCACAGUAGAAACUGUGGAACCUUCUCAGGAUGAGGCGCGGACAACAGAGCAGGUUUGGCCCACACCGGUCAUUGAAUGGGACACCACCAAUGUGACAACCUCUCUCACACCACAGAGCACAAGGUCAACGGAAAAAACAUUCACCAUCGCUGUGACAGAUUUGAGCAAUGGGAUUCCAGGAAUAGAUGAGGUUAUGAAGACUACCAAAAUCAUAAUUGGUUGUUUUGUGGCAAUCACUCUUAUGGCAGCGGUGAUGUUGGUCAUUUUCUACAAAAUGAGAAAGCAACAUCACCGGCAAAACCACCAUGCUCCAACACGAACUGUAGAGAUCAUUAAUGUGGAUGAUGAGCUUACAGGUGACACGCCUAUAGAAAGUCAUUUGCCCAUGCCAGCAAUAGAGCAUGAGCACUUAAAUCACUAUAACUCUUAUAAGUCUCCUUUCAACCACACAACAACAGUUAACACAAUAAAUUCAAUACACAGUUCAGUGCAUGAACCAUUAUUGAUCCGAAUGAACUCGAAAGACAAUGUGCAAGAGACUCAGAUCUAAAACAUUUACAGAUUUAAAACACAAGACAGUUUAUUAAAAAAAAAUGACACAAAUGACUGGGCUAAAUCUACUGUUUCAAAAAAAAAAGUGUCUUUACAAAAAAAGAAAUUUAUUUAUUAAAAAUUCUAUUGUGAGAGAAAGCAGACAAAAUUAUGUGUAUUCCUCAGAACCUCUUUUUGCUGCACUUAUUUACCCUACUUCUUUCCCUCCCCUUUCUUCUUCCCCCCUUCCCAAGCCCAUUUGCCAUAUUUUUCAUAGAACAACUUGAUUCUCUAAAAAAAAGAUUAAAAAAAACUGGUCUAGGGAUUUUUGUAAGAAUUCUGUUAACGCUUUGGGAAUUUUUAUGGUGAAUUCUAGUGGUGAGAUUCGGUCUAUUUUGUCUUUCUUCAUUUCAUUUUCUUCUCAUGCCCUUUUUGAAAUGGUUCAACAGGGAAAUGGAUGUUAGUGGUAGAUUCACAAGAACAAUCAAGGAACAACAACAGCAAAAAUAACAAAACAUUUUAUUUUUAUUUUUCACAUAAUGACCUGUUCUGUAUUUCCUGAAGGGACCAUUCUGUGGAAGAAGAAAACAAAAACAAAAACAAUCCAAGAAAUUAAUUUUCAUGUGAGCAUCUAUAAAACCCAUGAUCUUUUAAACAAUUCUAGAACCAGGAUUUGUAGUUCAAACACUAAAAUAAGAUUAUAAAUAAAAUAUUGUUGGUUUUUUUCUGUA